CAGCAGGCCUUGUUUAUCGUCUGCGCGCCGUUCGCGUUUGUAAUGCCACUUCUCGUCAUUUUUUUGCUUUUAUGCCUAUAGUGAACCGUGUGUAAUUGUUUGAGGAUGCAAUUCGGAUCUCAGCCGUAAAGAACUCCCAAGUGGCGAUGAAAUUUUCUUGAUGUUAGUGAUAAUUCGGGCCAUAUAUUUCCCAUGUGACACAAGAGGAAUAAAUAGAAUGCAGAAUGCACUGAACGUUACCACUUCAGGAUGCUGCUCUUUUUUCAGAAGUAAACUGCCAGCGAUUGCUUUGGAUUUCAACCUUUCCUUCCUGCAAAGUGUUCCUGGCAUUUUCAAAAUUGCACAUACUGUACUUGGUUUGAUCUGUCUCUCUGUGAUAGCACACUAUUCUCAGCUGUUUCAUCCAUUAACCGGAAGUGCUUUGGGACUUCUCUGCAGUAAGAGCGCCGCCUAUUUCCUUCUCGUAUCAUAUGCCUGCUUUGUGACGUCAUUGGUACUUCUCGUGUCGAGCGUCUUGUCUUACUGCACUGCCUCAUUUUUGCCCAAAACUGCUUUUGAAUUCGCAUAUCAUCUUGUUGCCUGCAUCACGUACCUAUCUUCAAGUCUUAUUUUAUUGCUGUCGUUGGUUAUCAAAGACAAAGGCAAUGCUUCUUACAGAGAACCUGCAUUUGAAGCAAAAGUAUCUGUGUCGGUAAUGGGUUUGAUAAACAGUAUCUUGUAUGGCGUUAGUACUUAUUUUUCAUAUCAGUCUCAGAAGCAGAUGGCCUAAGAAGUGUUAAUCGUUUCCAGAGUUAAAUGUACUGUGAUUGUUGAGGAUUUCUUUUCACAAGGACUAUUAGCAUUUGAUAUUGUGAAAGAAUAUUCAAUAAAUGUUAUAAUUUCUCAAAUGUAUAUACUAUAUUUUUCUGUUAAGAUAUUCACCCAAAGUUCUAUUUCUUUUAAUUUUCUCUGAAACCUUCAUUUCUUCAUUUUGCUUACGCAAUAAUGCUUAGCGUACUUAAACCUCAUAUAUCAUAAUUUAUAAAAAUCGUUAUUAUAUUCAGAUUUAUUUAUGAAUGUAAUUUUUAUACUUCCAUUAUGAUCUAUCAUUUUUGUGAACUUAAAUGUUUUUAGAAUUUCGAUGUACUUAAUUGUGCUUUUCUAUUAACAGUUUCAUUUCAGUAUUAUACAAGAACUAUGCGAUUGAGAUAUAAAAUUAUAUAUUUAUAAAAGAAAUUGAAUUAAAUUUUUAUGUUUUGGUUUGUUAGGAAAUUUAUAACGUUCAUUUAGAAUUUCCAAGUACGUAAUUCAAGUAUGCUUAUCAACACUAUUAUUUGAAGCCAUAUUUCGAUCAGUUAUAUGAGAACCCAUGUAACUAAUGUGCUUUAAAAUAAAAUAUUUUGUUAGAACCUUGGAGCUUAUUUAUCAGACAUGACUGAUCCAUGGAAGUAGAAUUCUUUCAUCUCUGUCAGAGCUUGAAAACUUGUCAAUGAUGAAUUUAUUUUGAAAUAAAAUAUGAUUUAUAAGCAGUG